AUGUUCUCGUAUAGGAGGUACUUUUUUAGGAAGCUGUACCACGUGCGUCACGUGACACUGGCUGAUGCUCGAUUUGCUCAAGAGAAAGAAAUUCCGAGAAUUUUCCAAAUCAUCUACGCGGGUGAAGGUGAGAGUCGCAAGAACGAGGAGUCGCAUGUUGUUACGGAACCAGCUAAAUCAGACGCGAUUCAACACAAAGGCCACGAUUUCAUUCUGAUCUUGUUUCAUAGUCCCACUUCCUGUGAUAUUUGCUCAAAGCAGCUGUGGAAUGUUUUGAAACCUCCAGCGGCACUGGAGUGCAAACGGUGCCACAUCAAGAUUCACAGAGAUCACUUGGAAAAGCACGACAAAGACGUGGCUCCAUGUCGCGUAAACUACGACCCAAUGCUGGCUCGCGAUAUGCUCAUUAUGGUUUCUUCUGCAGAAGAAUCUAAGCAGUGGGUUUCGUUCCUGCACAAGCGCAUAGAACAGCUGAAGAGUAAAGCUGACAAAUCAAGCAUAUCUUCCAGCAGUUCUCAUCGGUAA